AUGGCAGAUGAUAGUUUCUAUAUGAGUGCACCUACUAGCCCCAGGAGAAUCAGCCAGGAAGUGGGAGGUUUGUGUUUCUUUAGUGUCCCAACAAGUCCCACUAAAAGGACUCUCAAGUCUGCAUAUGAAGAUUCAAGCUCCAAUGGUGAUGACGAGUUCGAGUUCGAAACCAGUCGUCGUUUCAAUGUUGGUGAAUGCGAGGUCAAGUCCCAAUCAGAGGAACCGCUUCCCGCCAUGGCGUUUGCUGAUGAACUGUUUAAUGAUUGGAAAGUGAUGCCGUUGAAGCCUCCGCCAAGACUUCAAUAUCAUCAUCAUAAACAAAGCUCGAGUUUAUCAUCGUCCCCUAGGUCGCCUAGUAGUGGCCUAAGACUUUCGUUUCAACGUAGGAGCUUGUGGAAUGAUGACUUUGAUCCCUUCAUGGCGGCUUGGAAGAAUGUCAAGGAAGAGAAAGCUGGCAGAUCCCAGGCCAAGAACCAAACCGAUGACUUGUGGGAUCAAUCGAAACGAUCCCAUCCGAACUCAGACAAGACAUUAGAGAGCAAGGAGUAG